AAGACGUAGUGCCAAGCAAGGUCAGGGGUAUGUGGAAUGGAGAUUGGCUGAGAUGAAGAAAAGAUCUGCUCUUAUUGUAGGCCUUCAAUUUGGGAACCAAAGCUUGGACUCCACAGAACUCGUCUUCGAGAUAUCUAUCUUCAACCCCUUUGAGUUCUAUCUCCCUGUCAGUCAGGCUUCUUUCAAAUUCAAAAGCGCCGGCAGCGAGGUCUUAACAGGAACAUUGAAAGAGUCCGCGUCACUGAAGCCCGGAGAAGAGUCCAUUAUGUUUGUGUUGGUGAAGGUGCCGUUAAGAGUGUUCAUAAACUUGGCAAAGGACAUUUCUGGAGAUGCGGACAUUAACUAUGAGAUCGAUUUGAGUAUCAAGAUUAAGCUUCCUAUAAUUGGGAACGUUGUAUCCUUACCAAUUCCUUGCGAAUGCCAACAGGGCGAACUCAAGCUUUCUCAUCUGUUUUCCAAAUUGUUGGACCAAAUCAAUCGUCAGCAGCUGGUGCCUUAAACAUGAAAUCUAGUUUCUAUAUAUUACAGGUCCCAUCCUAUACAUCUGGUAAAAGAAUUAUAAGAGGGAGGGUGGAGUCUUAAGGGUUUCUCCUUGUAACAGAACUAAUACUCAAUUUAUAAUCUUAUAGUAAGGCAAAAUCUUGGAUGCGA